UCACGAGCUGUCACGCUGACAGCUCGUGAGGAGAGGAGAGCCAGGCACUGAUGAUCAGUGUGCUCUCAUGAUCUGUGUAGCCCCAGCAGUGCCACCUGUUAGUGUCCAUCAGUGCCAGCUGUCAGUGCUCAUCCAUGCCACUUGCCAGUGCCCAUCAGUGCCACAUUUCAGUGCCCAUCUGAGCUGCCUUUCAGUGUCACCCAUCAGUGCCAGUCAGUGCCACCUAUCAAGUGUGCAUCAGUGCCGCCUAUCAGUGCCAUAUAUGAGUGCUGCCUUCCAGUGCCCAUCAGUGAUGCCUGUCAAUGUCCAUCAGUGCCACCUACCAAUGCCUCCUUAUCAGUGCCCAUCAGUGCCACCUAUCAGUGUCCAUCAGUGGAGCCUAUCAGUGCCCAUCACUGCAGCCUCAUUAGCGAACAUCAGUGAAGGAGAAAAAAAUCACUUAUUUACCAAAUUUUAU